CAAAUCCAGCCUCAUCCCCCACAGAGCAGGACAUAGGGACCGUGUGUGCGGCUGCCAUGGAUGGUCGGACGGGCAGCACCGCGAAUGACACAUUAUACGAAUUCUACUACGAUUACUUGGAUCCCGUUUCGUUUGAUGAAAGUGAACUUAAGGCCAACAAAUAUUCGAUUGUUAUCGCUGUAUGGAUUGGCCUUGCUGCCUUUUCAGUCUUUCUGUUCCUCAUUUUACUGUAUAUGUCCAGGACAGACUCCCCCGGAGCAAAGACCAGGAAGAAGGGAGAGGUAAGCCCUCUGGCUACCUCCACAGCUCCUGAGCUCACCUCAAAGUUCUGUAGCGUCCUCUAGGGGUUCAAAAAAAAUAUGCAUGUGAUAAUAAAAAU